UGCGCUCGCGGACACGUCUAGUUUCGGUUUUUUUUUACAUAACACCGCGUGUGCACAACAUUACGUGUACGACCUCAAGGUCGUCGGUCGGCCGACCGUGCAGCCGCCUCGGCGACGUGCCCACUUUUUCUUUUCUCGACGGUCGCGCGUGUCCCGCCGGAACGGCAAUACGGUGCCGACCGUUCUCGCGUCGCCGUCUCUCGCCCGACCCGUCCGCGAGCAUUCGAAACAUGCGCGCGUCCGACACCCGGUGACUUCCGUCCGAUUACCGCCCGGUCCCGCCGCAGGGCCAUUUUUCUCCGACGGUCGCGUGCCGUCCCGGCGAACCGGCAGAGUUUUCCCGUUCUCGGCUUCGCUCGCGUCCGCUGCUGCACGUACGACGAUGGACCGCGAGCACCGCUGCGACGUUCGCGUCGUCGACGCUUUCAAGAGCUACGGAGGUAACGUCCAGGUACUCGACGGUUUGCAGAUGACCGUACCGUCGUGCACCAUCUAUGGACUUUUAGGACCAAGUGGCUGUGGUAAAUCAACACUACUUCAAUGCAUUCUGGGUACAAUGUCAUUGGACUCGGGAUCUAUUGAUUUGCGAGCCAAAACUUUAAAAGAUGUCGGAUAUAUGCCCCAAGAUUUAUGUUUAGAAGAUACACUGUCUACAAAAGAAACAUUUGAGUAUUAUGGAAAACUAUAUAAUAUGAGCAAAAAAGAUAUUACGAGUAGAAUAAAUGAACUAAACAAAUUUUUACAAUUACCAAAUUUAAAUAGUUACAUAAAUGAACUAAGUGGUGGUCAAAGUAGAAGAGUAUCACUUGCUAUAAGUUUAUUACACAAUCCAAAAGUUAUUAUUUUGGACGAACCUACUGUUGGACUUGAUCCGUUGCUGAGACAAGAAAUUUGGGCAGAGUUUUCAAAUAUGGCGAACCAACAGCAGAAAACAAUCAUAAUUACUACUCACUAUAUCGAAGAGGCAAAUCAAGCUGAUCGCGUUGGCUUAAUGAGAAGCGGAAUAAUCGUAGAAGAAGGAUCACCUCAAGAUAUUCUUUAUAGAUAUGGAACUGAUUCAUUGGAAUCAGCCUUUUUAACUAUAUGCUGCAAUCAACAAUUAAAUAAAAAAGUUGAGAAAAAAACCUACGUAAAAGAUAAAACUCAAUCAAAAAAGUUAAUGGAAUUAGGAAACAACGUUAAUUUUUACCGGAUAAAAGCUUUGUUAAAAAAAAAUUAUCACGUGUGCUCUCGUGAUUACUUGCUACUGUUUACUAUGAUCGUGCUUCCCAUCAUACAGUCGUUUAACUUCUGUUCGGCUGUCGGAGUGAACUUCAAAAAUAUGCCAAUAGCUAUUAAAAAUGAGGAAGUAAAUUUUACUGAUUGCCAAUAUUCCAAUUUCAAUGGAUGUAUAUUUGACAAAAAUAACAGUCUAACAGUUAGCUGUGUCAUUAUGAACUAUCUCUCGUCGCUUGACUACAAUUUAGUCGAAGUGGCAAAUCGGGAAACUGGUGAAAAGAGCAUGAAGGAUCCGAAUUAUAUGGCGUUUAUGUAUUUUCAUAAAAACUAUACUAAUGAUUUGAUUAAUUACAUUGACCGUAAAGAUUUUGAUGAAGAUUCUAGGACUUAUAUUCAUUUGACCAAGGAGAAUUUGUUGUUCAGAAAUCAAAUUAUGAUGGAUUUGUUGAACUCGAUAAAUCAUUUAUCAAAAAAAAUAUUAAAUGAUUGUAAUAAUAAUCCAAAAGCUCUUGGAAUUCCUAUGAAUUUCAAUUCCUUAUACGGAGAAGAUGUAAAAUCAUACAACAACGGAAGCGUCACUCUUUUUAUAGCAAUCACCGCAUUUUAUUUUCCAAGUGUUUUUGCGGCAAGCAUGAUGAUGUCGGAAAAAAUGGAUGGUUUCCUUAGUCGAUCAAUGUUUGCCGGUGUGAAAAUAUUGGAAUUGCUGAUUUCGCUGUUUUGUAUUAACACAAUAAUACUGAUUGCACAAAUGAUCAUGACUUGUUUUAUUUCAUAUGUACUGUUCUUUAAUCCAUUACAAAUAACUUCUGGGCUGUUUGUAUAUGUGUUUAUAUUGAUACUGUUGGGAUGUAUGGGUUUCUUCUUUGGUUUACUUACUGCUAUAUUAUCCACGUCAAAAUUAGGUGGCGUUUACGUCAUAACCGGAACGUGUAUGACUCAAUUUAUACUAUGCGGUGCAAUAUGGCCUUUGGAAGGACAACCGACAUUCUUGAGAAAAGUAUCCGAGUUAUUACCCAUACGACUAGUGGGAAAUACGAUCAACAACAUAGCAAUUAAAGGUUGGACUUUCGAUCAUCCAUCGAUCAUUAUUGGAACUUCGAUGACACUAUUUUAUACUGUAUCUUUAGUAUUUAUUUUAAUUAUCUUAGGAAAACUAAAAAAAGACAUAUGGGUAGCACAAAAAAAUUGUUUCCGUCAUUAAAAUCUGUCAUCAUUAACUUAAGAGAUGUAAUUUAUUGUACAUUU